AUGAAUACCUUUAUACCUGAAUUGUUGAAUUGCAAUUUGUCUAAUAAUUGUGUACGUAUUAAGGGCACAAGCGGCCAUGAUAAGCAAGAAAUCAAAUCCAAUGAAUCAUAUGUCCCAAAAACUCUCCUAAUUCCUUUGGGAAAAUUCAAAGGCAAAUAUGAUACUAGAAAAUUUAGAUGUUAUAAGAAGCUGUGUCACAAGUCCAAUUUUAAGAACUGUCAGCAUUGUAAAUAUUUGCCAUAUACAUCGUCGCCUUUAAAAAAUCGAGAUUAUUACUGUGAAAAUAUUGAAAUAAGAGAUCCCGCUACCAACUCGUAUCGAAAUUUACAGGGUGAUUCAUAUAAUGUUGAGAGUAGCUUGGUUUAUUUGUUGAAUGGCGUUAUGGAUGAUUAUGACACUGUUCAGAAUGACCAUACCAAUGACUCCAUUUUGGAUACCGAAAAAGUCUUCUUGGAUUACUAUUCGAUUCAUUUCCCUUCAAUUCUUAAGUAUGCAAGUGUUCAGCAAAUAGAGGGAGCAAACGUUGACAAAGCAUUAAAACAUUUGCUUAAAAUUACCAACAGAGUUAGAUCUUUGGCAUUAAUAUCGUCUUUGCGCAAUUGA